AUGACUCAGCCUCCAGGACUUGUUGAUCCAACCCGUCCUGACUAUGUGUGUCGUCUCAACAAACCCAUCUAUGGACUCAAACAAUCUCCUCGGGCGUGGUACAUGGCUCUCAAGGAUCAUUUGGUUCAAACUGGCUUCACCAACUCGCUUGCAGACACCUCCCUCUUUGUUUACUGCCGAGACUCGGUACUUCUCUAUGUCCUUGUCUACGUUGACGACAUUAUUGUUACAGGGAAUCGACCAGAACUUGUAACCAGUGUGGAGACAUCGCUUGCGACACGUUUCUCGAUCAAGGAUCCCUGUGACAUUCACUACUUUCUCGGUAUUGAGGUCACACGCACCAACAAUGGUCUCCAUCUCAUGCAACGGAAGUACAUCGUUGAUCUCCUCACCAAAACACACAUGUUUGAAGCUAAGCCUGUCUCCACGCCUAUGCCGACCUCACCUAAGCUCACACUACACUCCGGCAAAGCACUUGACAAUGCCAAAGAAUAUCGGAUGGUGGUUGGAAGUCUACAAUACAUUUCCAUCACUCGUCCAGAUAUUGCCUACGCAGUCAACAAACUGUCUCUCUACAUGCACAAACCCACAGACGACCAUUGGCAAGCUGCUAAGAGAGUUCUGAGAUACCUUGCUG